AUCCAUUCCGGACUGUUCCGCGGUAUUCCAGGGACCACCCAGGAUGGAACCUGUCUUGAGCAAUGGAACCGGUCUUCUGGCUGGUAGCAUGGCAAAGCAACGGUGCCACAACAUCAGCCACUUUGCAUUGAUGAACAGGCAAGUAUAAAAGUUCCACCAUGACGAACGACAACUCCACAACUACUACAAGUAAAAGUAAAAGCCAGGUGUUGUUUGAUGUAAUUCUAAAAUGGAAAGCAGUACUGAUUGUGUUGCCGUAUUGCGUGGGUGUGAUUUGGGCUUGUUGCCAUGGUACCAGUUCCAUUUUGACGGGUGAUUUCAGCAAACCACGAGGGUACUACAUUGAUGAGAAUUCCUUGGAGACGGGCAAUUUGAGACCCACCGAGUAUCGAUACCAUGCCACGACGGCCCAUGCGGGUGUUGGCUGUAGCGACAAAAAUUCAACAACAACAACAUCGCUCUGUGACCUGCCGUGGAAUAGUAGUGGAGACAAUGUGGAAUGUUACGCCAAUCGAUUCUUUGAGUUGGUACGACUAGUGCCAGUGGCCAAUACGUUGGAACCUUCCAAUGAAGCCAUUGUGCUAGUAGUGGAUCAUCCUCCGUUAGGAGAAACGUGGAUGACCAGUCCACUGCAUGUCACCUUGUUGGAUUUGAUGCGACGAUUGGGAUCAGCGGAAUCGGUGCCCUGGUUGUCCAAGACCAUUCUGCUCGUGUCACCAACAACAAACGACUACAAUCAGUAUUCCUUGAACGACGUCACAUACUUUUUUCUAGAAGCCUACAUGGGAUCGCUUGAAACACCACAGCAAGUCUGGUGGAUAGAACCACUGCCCACUCGAUGGUCCAAUGCCAUGAUUCGAAAUUUAAUCGUCUUGACAAAUCCACAGCCAGCCACCGGUGACGCAGACGAAAUACGAAUACUCGCACAAGGCAGAAAUGGAAUCUUGCCCAAUAUGGAUUUGGUCAAUGCUGCCAUGACGGUCUUUCGAAGACCUCCCUUGAGUUCUAGCAGCAAACAACGACGCAUCCAUGAACAGACCAAGACUGUCCUGCUCAUGCAUCCCUACGAGGCAUGGGAACAACAACAACAACUUGACAAUUUACCCAAACCAAUCCAAGAAUGGGCCCAUCAAUUGGGAAAUCUCGUCUUGUUUUGUCACGCCCUAUUCCAGGGUCCGCUGGCACCACACGCCCUGGCGUUGGAACGAGGGAUUGAUGCCAUAUCCAUUCAAGGACGACACGCUAGUGACCAAACUCAGUUUGUGGCCAAUUUGGUACACAAACUCGAACUGACACUCCGGGCACUGUCCAAUCUACACGAACGACUUCAUCACUCGACACCGCUCUACUUACUGCCGAGUCCCACCACAUUUGUCAAGCACGAAGAGUAUCUCGUGCCCAAUCUGCUCUUGUUGAUACCCAUGGUAUUGAGGGCGGCCUCUUUGGGCCUCUUGGAUAUUCGACGCUUCGACUGGAAUGUCAUUACAUGGAUGGUGACCCUCGUCGUCGGGGCGACUGUCGUUAUGGACGCGCUAGUUGCCAGUACUACCAGCACUACUAUGGGCCAAGAACAUCCAAGAACACUCCGAAAUACCUUGUGGUGUAUCAUCUAUGCCUUCUGUGCUGGAAUAUUGUACCAAAAGGUCAACAACAACAACAACAGUCAAAGAAAGACAAAUCAUCGUCACAACGAUUCCAUCCGCAGUGCCCAACUGAUUGUCUGCUUGAUGACAAUUUACGCACACGUCCCCAUUUGUUUUCAAAAUGUGUCCUUGUCGUAUCCUUCGGCGGCAUUCUGGACUCCCAUGAUCGCCUUUGCCGAAUGGAACCAGGACAAACGGUGGCUAUGGGGGGCAAUGGCCGUGUGGAUCAUUCUGGCAUGGCCUCCCACAUGGUUGCUCAAUGCCGUGUUUGAGGAUGCCUACUAUACCACAUACAUUGGAUAUCUGUACUUUCCAUUGCAUCUGGCUUUGUUUCUGUCAUGGGGGCUGGCAGUCAUGACAAGAAGGAAAUGA